AAGAAGAUGAAUACAGAGAUGGAAGUAAUGUUUACAGUCAUCAAGUCGAGGUUGUGUGUUGACGUUGACCAAGUUGAGGCGACUCUCACUAAACCUGACUAUGGCCAACCUGGAGCAGGACCCUAUGUUGCAGGACGAUGAUCCUGCAAUGCGUGAAGUAGGAGCAAUGGCAUCAGAUGACAUCAUAUCCAGGACCCGCCUUCUAGAAAAUGAGAUCCGUAUCAUGCGUCUGGAGCAAACAAGAAUAAACCACGAGAUCCAGAACCAGCGGGACAAAAUUCGAGAGAACUCGGAGAAGAUUAAAGUGAACAAGACUCUGCCGUACCUCGUGUCUAACGUCAUAGAGAUCUUAGAUGUCGAUCCCAACGAGUACGGCGAAGAAGACGGCGCUAAUGUAGACCUGGACUCUCAACGUAAAGGCAAAUGCGCAGUUAUCAAGACCUCCACACGUCAGACCUAUUUCCUCCCUGUUAUUGGCCUUGUAGACGCCGAGACACUGAAACCCGGAGACUUGGUAGGCGUCAAUAAGGAUUCCUAUCUCAUCCUCGAAACGCUGCCAGCCGAGUACGACUCCAGGGUCAAGGCUAUGGAGGUGGACGAGCGACCAACAGAACAGUACAGCGAUAUUGGCGGUCUCGAUAAACAGAUCCAAGAGCUGAUAGAAGCCGUCGUCCUUCCCGUUACCCAUAAAGAACGCUUUGAGAACCUAGGUAUCCAGCCCCCUAAAGGAGUGCUGCUGUACGGCCCCCCAGGCACAGGGAAGACCUUAUUGGCUCGAGCAUGUGCAGCACAGACCAAGUCCACCUUCCUCAAGCUGGCAGGACCACAGCUAGUGCAGAUGUUUAUUGGUGAUGGUGCUAAGUUGGUUAGAGAUGCCUUUGCCCUUGCCAAGGAAAAGGCCCCAGCCAUAAUCUUCAUUGAUGAACUUGAUGCUAUUGGUACAAAACGUUUUGACAGUGAGAAGGCGGGAGAUCGCGAGGUGCAGCGUACUAUGUUGGAACUGCUCAAUCAACUGGACGGGUUUUCAUCUACUACAGAUAUUAAGGUUAUUGCUGCCACCAAUCGUGUGGAUAUCUUGGACCCUGCCCUACUGCGGUCUGGACGUUUGGACAGGAAGAUUGAGUUCCCACAUCCCAAUGAAGAAGCUCGAGCACGUAUUAUGCAGAUCCAUUCUCGUAAGAUGAACAUCUCAUCGUGUGUCAACUUUGAGGAGUUGGCAAGGUCUACUGAUGACUUCAAUGGUGCACAGUGCAAAGCUGUUUGUGUAGAGGCUGGAAUGAUUGCCCUGCGUCGACAAGCUACUACAGUGACGCACGAAGACUUCAUGGACGCCAUCAUGGAAGUACAAGCCAAGAAGAAGGCCAAUCUUAAUUACUAUGCGUAGAGGUCAUUAUCAUAUCUUAUUUUUUUUCUCUCCUAACGAAAGUCGUCUGGCAGUUUAUAUAGUAUGAGAGUUUAAUCAUCGUUUUUAUUUUGGAUCUUAAGUUUCAUUAUGUAUUUAAUACUGGAUGUGUGUCUGAACAUGAUGACGUGAAAUGUAUUUAAAACAAUAAAAUGUAAAAUGA